GAGACCAGACCGGGACCGGAUAGUAAACAAUCCAAUCCUAUCUUUGGGCUUAGAUUUGAGGUAAAAAACCGGAUAAAGACCGGAUAAGAGAGCUCAACACCCAAAACUUAAGGGUAAUUUGCAUAAACGGUCACAAACCUUUGCACUUAGUACAAAACUUAACCAACUCCUCACCCUUUAAGGCCUUAGGCCACUCAAAUCCCACAAUCUCAAUGUAAAAUCAAGACUGAAUUGAGACCGGACCGGAUCAAAACCGGACCGGAUCAAGACCGGACUGUAUCCAAUCCAAUCUUCGGUCCUUAUAUUUUCAAAAAGACCGGACUGGACCGGAUCAAUUUGGGCCAAUUUAACCGGACCGGACCGUAUAGUCACCCCUAAUAAAUCCCUUUAUGGUACAACUCAAAAUUGUACCUAUACUAAUGGUACAACUAAAAGUUGUACCUACACUUUCUCCAAAUCCUUCUAUGGUACAACCCAAACUUGUACCUAUACCAUGGUACAACUUUAAGUUGUACCUACACUUUCUAACAAAUCCCUUUAUGGUACAGCUAAAGAUUGUACCUAUACUAAUGGUACAACCUUAAGUUGUACCUACACUUUCUCAAAAUUCUUUUAUGGUACAACCCAAACUUGUACCUAUACCAUGGUACAACUUUAAGUUGUACCUACACUUUCUAACAAAUCCUUUUAUGGUACAACUCAAAAUUGUACCUAUACUAAUGGUACAACUUUAAAUUGUACCUACACUUUCUAAUAAAUCUCUUUAUGGUACAACUCAAAAUUGUACCUAUACUAAUGGUACAACCUUAAGUUGUACCUACACUUUCUCAAAAUCCUUCUAUGGCACAACCCAAACUUGUACCUAUACCAUGGUACAACUUUAAGUUGUACCUACACUUUCUAAAAAUCCUUCUAUGGUACAACCCAAACUUGUACCUAUACCAUGGUACAACUUUAAGUUGUACCUACACUUUCUAACAAAUCCCUUUAUGGUACAACUCAAAAUUGUACCUAUACUAAUGGUACAACCUUAAGUUGUACCUACACUUUCUCAAAAUUCUUAUGGUACAACCCAAACUUGUACCUAUACCAUGGUACAACUUUAAGUUGUACCUACACUUUCUAACAAAUCACUUUAUGGUACAACUCAAAAUUGUACCUAUACUAAUGGUACAACUUUAAGUUGUACCUACACUUUGUGAAACAAAUUCUUCAAUGGUACAGCUGAAACUUGUACCUAUACGAUAUGGUACAACUCUAAUUUGUACCUACACUUGUAUACAUUGAUUCAUUAUUUACAAGAUUGCCAUUAAUGACGUGGGACCAGUCAUUUAGUGGGUUUACCUCCUCAACGGGUCACCUUUUUUUUUUUAUACCAUGGGUGCUAUAGAGCACACUAGAAGGGCUCACUGAAAUUAUGGAAAUAUAAAGUAUGAUAGACUUUUAUUUGUGUAGUUAGUUACAGGGCUUGGAGCCUCUUGAGAUGUUCCCCCCCCCCCCCCCCCCCCCCCCCCCCCCCCCUUCUUCCGUUGAAUCUCUUGAGAUGUUAUGGUGUUCUUAGUUCAGUUAAAUAAAGAGACUGAACCAAUUAGUGCAACAGAAUACUGCUUUUUCAGAUCUCUGCUGAAGUUGGGAGUUGAAGAACAACCAGAUACAGAACACAGUCAUAGAGAACUUGAACAUGCAAAGCUUUUCAAGACUUGAAGAAGCUAACAGUGAAUCAGCCACCACACAUUCUUGCCUGGUUUUCAUCAUUUCGUUGCAUCAUGAAAACAAUUAGGUAGGCUGAAUAUUAGGACAUCAUUUCAGUUAUAAUAGAUUCCAAAUUCCACAUUUAGAGGUUGCACACUCAGUUUGUACAGUUUCUAUCUUGAUGUACAUUUUGACAGAGCCAUAAAGCAAUCCAUCUUCAUUCCUGAAAUUGGCACUAACUUCCAUUGCUUCGUCAAUUCCCUCUGGGACUCUCUUUUAACCAAACACGGAAAAUAAGGCACAUGAUAAGAAAGCAAUUUCUAAACAAAGUGCUGGUAUUCAUUUCUUGGCAGAACGAGAAGAGAAAAACCAAGCAAACUGCUCUCAAGAAGUGAAAGAAUCAAGAGAACAACAAUGGAUUCUCCAUCUUUCUUCAAGAUCAUUCUUCCAUCUGCAAUUAUUGAUAAGAAGCUGCUUCUGCCACCAAACUUUGUGAUGCAACAUGGGGUUGAGCUUGCAAGUUUAGCAACUUUCAUUGUUCCAGAUGGGCGAACGUGGGAGAUGGCAAUUGUAAAGAGAAGGAGGGAUGGGAUGAAGAUGUUAUGCCGCGGUUGGUCUGAGUUCACAGCUUUCUACUCAAUCAGCCAUGGCUAUCUGCUGGUGUUCAAGUACAAAGGGAACUCCAACUUCCAUGUCCGAAUCUACGAUCCAACCAGCUGCGAAAUCGAGUACCCAACCGGUGAUCCUACGAGGAGGCCAAGAUAUCAUCAUGGCUCCAGACCAAAUGAGCAUGAAGAGGGGAGAUCAGGAGGUAGAAUUGGGACCAUAGUGGGAAAGAGCUUUGAAUAUAUAUGCAAGAAGGCUACACCAUCAGGGAAGAGGGCGAUUUUAGCUGCAAUGAAGUAUGUGCCGGGUGAGUUUGCCAACAAGUAUCUGAGCCCCAAUUGCAGUCAGAUGAAAGUCAGAGAUUCCAGCAGCAGCAGAGGGAGAGAGUGGGUGAUUCGAUUCUCUUGGAGGGAGCGCGGCGGCUUGAACCUGGGACUAGGAUGGGGUGCUUUCACUGACGAUAAGGAGUUGGAGAUAGAAGACAUUUGUCUGUUUGAGCUACUCAAACCUGCAGAUUGCAUCAUGAAAGUUCACAUCUUUCGUGCAUCCUUCUAUAGUUAGGAAAGCUAGGAAUUCCCUGAGUGAUUAUCAGUGUGUAAUAAUCAACUACUAAUCAAGAAGUAAACACAUCAGUUCAACUCUAUCCUUCAACAUUUUGACAUGAACCUCAACAGCUUGAUCAUGCCGGCCACAUUUCACAAACCCAUUGAUGAGAGCAUUAUAAAUAGCCACAUUAGACCUCCCGUCAAUCAAUCUUCUCAUAGUUUCAAAAUCCACCACCCAUCAAGUUCCCAGCUUUACCGUUCCCUCCACAACACAAUGCUAUGGCUCGCAGAGGCAGUGGCUCACCGGCGGCAGCCGCCUCUGCCACCACAGCUGCUGUUGGUCAUGUAUACUCAUUGACAUAAACAGACCCUUCUCAGCAUUUCUUCAAAAAUAAUCAACCUUGCCUAGCUAGCAACUCCCCAGUCUCUACUCAACAAGCUGGUGUUACUACAAUCAAAAGACCAAUGGUUU